UUGCCCAGGCUGGAGUGCAGUGGUGUGAUCUCAACUCACUGCAAGCUCUGCCUCCCAGGUUCACGCCAUUCUCCUGCCUCCAACCUCCACCUCCUGGGUUCAAGUGAUUCUCCUGCCUCAUCGUCUGCCUCAGCCUCCCAAGUAGCUGGGACUACAGGCGCCUGCCACUACACCCAGCUAAUUUUUGUAUUUUUAGUAGAGAUGGGGUUUCGCCAUGUUGGCCAGGCUGGUCUCAGACUCCUGACCUCAAGUGAUCUGCCUGCCUCUGCCUCCCAAAGUGCUGGGAUUACA